AAAAAAAGCGCCAAAGUAAGUGUAAAGAUUUACGAGAGUAAACGAGCGGAAACUAAAAAAGUGCACUUACCCAGGGAAAUAAAAUUGAAAUGCGGCCAAAACCGGUUAAUUAAAACUAUUUAAAUUCAAAAUUCAUACGCAAAGAAUUCAAAAAGAAAAAAAAACAAGGAACCAAUAUCCGAAAAAUUCCUUUCGUGCGGAUCUUCAAAGCAAACUCAGAGUACAUAUAUUUUUCCCACACUUUUGCUGUCGGAAGAGGAAGCAGAAGAGCAAGAAGAAGAGGAAGCAGAAGAACAACCAACUUGAAGACGACUCUUCUCGCAAGUCCGCUAUAUUUUCGUUUUUCACCAUUUCGAUUUCAGUUUUAUCCGGCCCGAUCCACUAAAAUCAUCGAAAUCAAAACUGCAACCUUAAAUGAAUACAAACAACAACAACUGCAAGUCAGAACCACCGAAAAAUCAACAGCAUCUAAAGUGGCAAAGAACUCGCCAAUUUCAACAGCAAAACUCAACAACCAGCUAAAGCGUAAGACCACAAUCACCAAACAACAUCGCCGAAACGCCAGCAAUUGAAACAGAAUUCAACAACACUUCAAGUAAUUUCAACAAUAUUUUUUUUAUCACAACCACCACAAGAACAUCAAGAAAAUAUUUCAACAACUAUAUAGCAUCCGAAGGAUCAACAACAAUUUCCACAACAACUGAAACCGUGUCGCGACUUCAAGCUGCCCCUGUCCUGCUCUCUCGCGUGUAUUCGUACCAUUUCGUGUUUGUGCACCAUAAUUGUUUGGGUUUUUUUUUCCAAAUUAAUAUAAAUAUUUAUAUCAGUUUCUUGCUACGCGUCCUCGUCCCUGUCACGUGCGCGUCCGUGUUUGUGGUGUGUCUGUUUGGCGAGAGAAGGGAGUGUUACAUACUUUGUGUAUGCUAUGUCAGCGACGGGGGGCGGGGGCAUCAUGGCGCUCCUCCAGGCGGCAAAGAUCAUCGAGCAGCGCGAGAGGCUCCCGCAGGCGGGGGACGUGCUCGCAGUCGGAGUGGGCGUGGGCGUGGCCCUGCCCCAAAGCCAGCACCAGCAGUCGCUGCAGUGCAAGAGCAUCUCCAUCAUCAACAACAACAACAGCAGCCAGCACAAUAGAAACAGCAGCAGCAUCAGCAGCAGCAGCAGUAACGGGACACUUGCAACGCUGCCGUUCACGAACGGAAAUAGCAACGGGAUCGCCGGCAUCGGUAACGUGAACGUAAGCGUUAACGUUAACGUCAAUGCGAACGGAAACGGUCUGAGCAACGGUCACAGCAGUCCGCGCAGUCAAUUAGCCGCCGCCGCCACCGCUGCCCGCGAUUACGAGUAUACCAGUACCGUCGUUGGCAGCGCAGUCGCCAACGGGCACAGCGAAGGUCGCCCCCUCAUCCCGGGGGAUGAUAGCAAGUCCCCAGUCAACAGCAAGAACAGUAGCCACUCCCCACAGCAGCAAAAUGCGGCGGGUAGAACAGCAACAGCAACAGCAACAACAGCAGCUGCGGCAGUGGCAACAACAACAAAGUACAUGAGAAAUCUAGCCUCCAUUGACCCCUCAACCUUUAUGCUGCUGGCAGCGGCAGCAGCCACAACGGCAGCAGCAACGACUGCAACUGCAACGGCAACACCUGCAACUGCAACACUUGCCACUGUAACGGCAACACCUGCAACGGCAACAGCAACAGCCACACCACCAUCAACAACCUCAAAUCCUGCCAAGCACAAACUAAGUCCCAUCGCCGAGAUACCGGCCAAGUUCCUCUUCGUGUCGGACGGCAAGGGGGUCUAUCCCACGCCCAGGAGCAAUGCCAAGGCGUUCAAGGCCUCCGCCCUGGGCGUGGAGAUGGUCGGUGAGACGGUGGAGGAGCACGAGAAGCAGUUCUAUCGCAGCAUUGUGGGAUCGACGAACAUUCCCCUGACACCGCCGCCCUCGUCCACGCGCAAAGUGGACACCAGCAACUCGCGGAUUCGCUCCUACUCACUGUCCCAUGCCUUUUCAGCGCCCAGAGAUCAGCAGCACCAGCACCAGCACCAGCAGCAGCAGCAGCCGCAUCCGUCGUCCAGCCAUCUGCCGCAAUUCCAGCCGCAAAUCAGCUUUGGCAGAGUCGGCAAUGGCAUGGUGGUGUACGGCCUGCCCGGGGAUUCGGUGGACUCUGCCGGAGUGGCGGGAUCAUCAGGAGGAGGAGUGGGUGUCGCAGGAGUUGGAGGCGCCGGAACGGUGGCCAUGAGCAUUGCCUCCUCGGCGCCAGCGGCGGGAUCUCAGCUGACGGCGCACCACCACACGGGACACGGCGGACGCAGGCGCACCACCAGUUCCAACAGCAACGGAGCGGGCACUCGGGAGGUGCACAACAAGCUGGAGAAGGAGCGACGCGCCCAGCUGAAGGAGUGCUACGACCAGCUCAAGAAGGAGCUGCCCAUGCGGGAAGAGGACCGCAAGAAGACCUCCAACUUGACAAUACUCGAUAAGGCCCACCAAUAUGUCAAGCAAUUGACGCAGCGUGGCCGCGAGCAGGAGGCGGAGGUGGAGAGGCUGGCGAAGCAGAAGAUUGAGCUGCAGAAGCGGCUGAAGCUAUUGGGCUUGAGGAAGGAAACGCCGCCCACCGAUCAGCAAAGCAUUCCACAGGCCGACAAAGCCGUUUGCCUGGCAACAACAACCACACCAGCACCACCAACGGCGGCCAGUGGUCGCAACGGAACCCGAAUUCUAUACGAUGCAGGCAACGCCUGUGCCACUGGGCAGCAGCUAACAACUGUGAUAAACAAAUCAAAUGCCACACCAGCAGCCACAUCAGCAGCAGGAGUAACCGCAGCAGCCAGCAGCAUUAGCAGCAAACUCAAUGGCAACCACACAGGAGGAGCCACAACAACCACAACACUCACUCCGGCCAUGGGUAUCAUGACAAUUAAGAAUGGCAAUGGCAACAUACCGGCAAUCUCACCAGCGGCAAUCCAGCAGCAGCAGCAGCAGCAGCAGCUGCAGCACCACCACAAUGGUAGCCCAGCGGGCAGUCCAUCGGGAAUGGGAGCCACUAAUGUGGCCACCAUUACACGUGGCUCGCCCACGCCAUCGACGCCAUCGCCGUCGCCCAGCUCCUCGUCCAGUGGCGUCUCCUCGUCGGCCUCGUUUAUGGGCGGCGGCUCCUCAUCGUCGUCCUCAUCCUCUUCCUCCUCAUCGUCAUCCUCGUCCUCGUCCUCCUCGUCGUCAUCAUCAUCAUCCAGUACGUCGUCCAGCUCGUCGUCGCCUACGCAACAGCAGCAGCAGCAGAUCACCACGCCCACGGCCACCGCCCAUUUGGUGGGCGCCCGCAAUGUUGGCCUGAAAUUCCAUGGCGGUGCGGGUGGUGCGGCCAACGCCCUGAAUGGCGGUGCCACCAUCGUGGCCGCUGCUGUGCCAGCUGGCGGCGGAUCAGCAAAUGGUUUCCAUCAGGCGGACAAGGAUCGCAACUACAAUUUCCUGAUGCUCAGUGCUGGGACUACGGCACAGUAAACCAACAAACACCUACAACAAUAAUGAAAACAACAACAACAACUGAAUUGUGUGCAACAGCUCCCACCUUUAUGAAAACAAAAUGUAACAACAACUAGAAGAAGGUUCUCUAAAAACUCAUUUUUCUUAAAGCAAGAGAAGAAAAUAUAACAUAUGUCACACACUUUCGCACACAUUGAAAACAACAACAGUAGCAACAACAGCAGAGGGAAAACAUUAAAAACUGUAAUUUUUAUGUAAAACAAAAAUAAAAAACAAAAGCUAUCUAACAGUUCCGCCCAACACUUAGCAUCGAUUUUGAAAAUCAACAAAGUGAAGAAGAAAAUUAUUUUUUAAUAAAUAAUUUUUAAAGAAACAGCAACAACGCGGGAGAAAAGAGCUAGCAGCAGCAACAACACCAACAAUAAACCAACAACAACAGCAACAAGAGAAGACCAAUUAAAUAAACGCAAACCAACAACGACAGCCAGCAUUCAACAACAACAGCUUGAGAAAUCACAACAAACCAAUCUACAAGAUACACACACCACACACACAGGCCCAUCAACAUGCAUAUAUACUAUAUACAUUAUAUAUCUAAUUGUACUACUUUAUAGUGAAGCCUAGAAAAGAAGAGAAAAAAGAACACCAAGAAGAAUAGCACACUUAAAUGUAAAACAGGAAAACAAAAAACAAAACCAAAAUGCGCUGUUGAAACAGAAACCACCAAUGGGUAACGCUUUAUAAGUAUAUAUAUAUCUACAUAUAUAUAUGUAUCUAAACCUUAGAAGAAGAAGUUUAUAAAUUAGAAAUAUGUAAAAGCAGAAUUUCCAAAAUUCAUGUGGCAAAAGAAAAAUGCUAAAACGAAAAAAGAUAGAUGUCUCUUUUCUUGACCAAAAAACUGAACCAGAAAUAAUUUCUUUUGGACGAUAUACUUUCUUCUUCUUUCAAAAGCGAAACCACAAAACUUAACAUAUAAAAACACAAAAAAAAAAAUACCGAAACGAAGCAAAAAUCAAAUCAAUAGAAUUAUAUAUCAAAUUAGAGUGCUUGUAUGUCAAGUAUGUGUGAGUUUGCAAACAACAAAAUUAACCAAUAGUAUGUAAAACUAAAGUGAAGAGCUGGCCAGAGAGUGUUGUAUCUGUGUAAUACCCAUAUUUGAAUUAGAUAUUAAUGUAGCAAGCAAACAAAACAUCGUAGCAAAAAUGUGUAAUAGUGCAAUAAGCUAACAAAAGCCACACCCACACACCACGCCCCCUUCUCCCCUAUUUAACUGAAUUUUUUUUAGAGAAUUUCUGCUUUUGAUCUUGUUCUGGAAAGACACGCAUAUAAGACAUUAUCAUAUAUGGUACAAUAUGUAUGUAGUGAUUGCGUCUGAACCACACCUUCUCUUGCAAUUUCAAUUCCCGCCUUAAAGCCAUUGAAACGGAAUCAAAGUAGAAACAGAAAAUUUGAUACACCACUUCCCCCAUCCCCCCAAAAAUCUAAAGCUUAUAAAAAUAUUUAUAUACAAGGAAAGGUAAUACAAAACAAAAACAAAAAGGAAAGAACGAAAGUAACUUAGAAAUAGACAACACAAUUAUCACGAUAAGGGAAAAUCUAGCAAAAAGCAGCAACAUAAAACUGAAUGUUAUAUUUUGGAGCAUUUUUUUCAAUGUGUAUGUGUUAGCAUAUAUAUAUAUAUAUAUAUAUAUUACACAUAUGUAUCUAGAAAGGAGGCAGGGGAGGAUUGAUACAAGUAUUAGCAAAAGAUAUCUCUUGAACAAUAAUGAGGGACAGACAGAGAUGGCGCGAGCAGGUCGUCUCUCUCUACUCCCCUUGAAUAUUUGCAAAUUUUUUACGUCGGGGCAAUGAAUAUAAAACUAUAUAUCAUCUAUCUAUAUAUUUGUAUACACAAACUAAAUCGUGAGCCAGCCGGUCGGAUAGCGUGAAAUUUUCCAUAUAUUUUGUAAAUACUUUAAAACACAUGCGGGGCAACUGUCAAGCUUUCAGUUUUUUUUCCAUCGAGGGGGACCUAAUUUUUUUUUAGAUUUUUUUACCAAAGGGACAGAAAAUCAAAAAUUAUUUUCACACAGGAGAGUUUUACACGAAGGGAAAGAGCAAGUAACCAUAAAAAAUCGAAAUCUAUAAACUAGAAAUAUAUAUAUAUGUGUAUGGAACGUCUGUGUAAAUGUGUUUGAAUGUAAAAUGCUUUAGUCGCAUAAGUUGAAGGAGAAAUUGAAUUAACUAUGUAGUGAAAUAUGCCUGUGUCUGUCACUCGAUUUCUGUUACUAAUCAUAAAAGAAAAUGUAUAAAAUUAAUAAUACCAACCAACACACGUUUGAAGAAUUAACCUUAACUCCUAACUUAGAUUUUAUGUUCUUUAAUUUAUGUUUUUUUUCGUUGUAUUAACUAAAAACACAUUUUGAAAAUGUUUUUUCUUGAAUUUUUUUUAACGUCCUUUGUAAGUAGGCAGUUAACAAAUGAUUGAACAUAAUAAUUUUUGGCGUAAUUUUUAUUAAACAAAAAAAAAAACAAAGAAACAAGGAAAACAGCAAACAACAAAACGAUUUCAUUUUAGAAAUUUAAGCGUAACUUAACUAAUUAUUAAUGUUUAAACAAGUUUGUUCUUUAAGUUGAAAACAAAUCGGGAGUAUUGCAAAUUAUAAUUAUCAUUAAAUAUACACAACAAAAAAACAACAAAACAAAGGAGAAAACUCAACAAAAAAAAUUAUAUUUAUAGAGAAAGCAGACAACAACAAAAACAAGAAAAGAUUAUAACAAAAAACAAUUUCAAACAAAAAAGAAAACGAGAGAAAACCUUUUUAGCUGUAAAUGUAACUUGUAAAAUUAAUUUUAAACGAAAUGCAAACAAAAUAAACAAACAAAAAAACCAACAAAAUCGUAAGAGUAUGUCAAGAAGUAAAAAAGCGUAAAAAAAGAAUAUAUAUGAAGAACGAUAUAUAUAUAUAUAUUAUAUAAAUGUAAAUGUGUAAAGAAAACAGAAAAUGCGUAAAAAAAAAUAAAAACAGAGAUUUCAAAGCAGA